AUGGCCCGACCCAGUCCAGCCCAGCCUGUGGCCUCUCCUCCCCGGUGCCCGCCCCGCGAACCCCGAAGCCACAAGCCUUACAGUGCGGCACGGCGCUCCGGGAGCGCAUGGUUCUCGGCCACCGGCCCCGGCUCUCCUCCACCUCCUAGUCCCGCCCGCGGGCGCGGCACCCCAGGACUGCAACAGCGCGGCGGCUGGGGACUGACUGAGCCGGGAGCUCCUGGCUCGGCCAGUGAAGCUGCCCCACAGGGGCGGGGCGGCCUCCCCCGGCCCGGCCUCCCUCCAAUGGGAGGGCAGCCCGGAGCCCCGGCCCCGCCCUGCCGGGCUAGCUGUCACCGCGGACCGGCGCACGUGGGCUGGAGCUGCCCCUGCUGCCGGGCCCUGGAGGAGUGCCGGGGGGAGGAACUGGCCCCAGCGCUAGCCCAGCCCGCUUGGGGAAAGCGGGCCCGCCCCACUGCAAAAGCACGCAGACUCGCAACGACUGGUGAUGCCGCGGAUGACUUUGGCCUUUUCCACGUCUGACCAGCUCUAAGCAUUCCUCAGCGCCUGCUUCAGCCGCCUUCCUGACCGUUGGAACAAGUCGCUCUCAUCCGCCCAUCCCUCCAGGGGAAGUCUUCACACGCGGCGGUAGACGCGCCCCUAACUCACCAACAGGUUUGAGGCCCUUUGGUUACCUUCAACCUGGCUUAGCUCAUCUGCCCAGAUGCUUUUACCAGGGUGUGGCCACUGCACAGGCUGUAGCUUCUAGGAGCCACAGGAGUGAGAUGAGGAAGCCAUCUCUGAG